GCGUGGGGCGCUCCAUAAAGCGGCGCGGAGCUGUCACCCCGCGAGUAGGCUGCGCACCGCCCAGGCCGGAGCAGGCGCCGAAGACUCGGGCGCUUCGGACCCGGGAGCGUGGAGGAGCCAUGGCCACCACCAACGGGGCCGUGGAGAACGGGCAGCCGGACAGGAAGUCUCCCACCGUGCCGCGCCCCGUGCGCAACCUGGAGGUCAAGUUCACCAAGAUAUUCAUCAACAAUGAAUGGAACGAAUCCAAGAGUGGAAAAAAGUUUGCCACAUAUAACCCUUCAACUCUAGAGAAAAUAUGUGAAGUGGAAGAAGGAGAUAAGCUCGACGUAGACAAGGCCGUGGAGGCUGCACAAGCCGCCUUCCAGAGAGGCUCGCCGUGGCGCCGGCUGGAUGCCCUGAGCCGCGGCCGGCUGCUGCACCAACUGGCGGAUCUCGUGGAGAGGGACCGCGCCGUCCUGGCUACCCUGGAAACGAUGGACACAGGGAAGCCGUUCCUUCACGCCUUUUUCAUCGACCUGGAGGGCUGUAUCAAAACCCUUCGAUACUUUGCAGGGUGGGCAGACAAAAUACAGGGCAGGACCAUCCCCACAGAUGACAAUGUUGUGUGUUUCACCAGGCACGAGCCCAUAGGUGUGUGUGGGGCCAUCACUCCUUGGAACUUCCCUCUGCUGAUGCUGGUGUGGAAGCUGGCACCCGCUCUCUGCUGUGGGAACACCGUGGUCGUGAAGCCAGCGGAGCAGACUCCCCUCACCGCCCUCUAUCUCGGCUCUUUGAUCAAAGAGGUGGGAUUCCCUCCGGGCGUGGUGAACAUCGUGCCAGGAUUUGGGCCCACAGUGGGAGCAGCAAUUUCUUCUCACCCUCAGAUCAACAAGAUAGCCUUCACUGGGUCCACAGAGGUUGGAAAGCUGGUUAAAGAAGCUGCCUCCCAUAGCAACCUGAAGAGGGUGACACUGGAGCUUGGUGGGAAAAACCCCUGCAUCGUGUGUGCUGAUGCCGACCUGGACUUGGCAGUGGAGUGCGCCCAUCAGGGAGUGUUCUUCAACCAAGGCCAGUGCUGCACGGCCGCCUCCAGGGUAUUUGUGGAGGAGCAGGUCUAUGAUGAGUUUGUCAGGCGGAGCGUGGAGUUCGCCAAGAAACGGCCCAUUGGAGACCCCUUCGACAUCAGGACGGAACAGGGGCCCCAGAUUGACCAGAAGCAGUUCAACAAAAUCCUCGAUCUGAUUGAGAGCGGAAAGAAGGAGGGAGCCAAGCUGGAAUAUGGGGGCUCGGCCAUGGAAGACAGGGGGCUCUUCAUCAAACCCACUGUCUUCUCAGAAGUUACCGACACCAUGCGGAUCGCCAAAGAGGAGAUUUUUGGACCGGUGCAGCCAAUACUGAAGUUCAAAAAUAUCGAAGAAGUGAUAAAAAGAGCAAAUAGCCUUGAAUACGGACUAACAGCAGCUGUGUUCACAAAAAACCUCGACAAAGCACUGAAGCUGGCUUCCGCAUUAGAGUCUGGAACGGUCUGGAUCAACUGCUACAAUGCCAUCUACGCACAGGCUCCAUUUGGUGGCUUUAAAAUGUCGGGGAAUGGCAGAGAACUAGGUGAAUAUGCGCUGGCUGAAUACACAGAAGUGAAAACUGUCACCAUCAAACUCGACGACAAGGACCCCUGAAGGAAAGGCAGGCUCCUUCCUCAAACAUCUGACAGCUGAAUGUGGCAGAUCUAACUUGCUGAAGAGAAACCUACAUUCUGACCUUCCUGGGGUGCUUUCUUCUGGAGACUUUAAAUCUACUGGAUUUGAACGAUUUCUAUUUUCCUCUCACACUCCUGUUUCAUUGACCAAAAUGUUGUGUGUGAAAUUGUAGUCCUGCUUGGGGAUGGGACUAGUGGCCAUUUCUGUUUUCCACUUUCCACCAGAUCCUGGGGACAGUAAGGAGGCUCAGGGUGUUGUCAACAGGAAGUGGUAUUUGAAGUAUCGAGCAGUAGCUUAAAAAUGCUUUGUUGACUCUGACUCCAGUAAGAAUUUGGAAAAACAAAAUCCCUGCGUGUUCUGCAAACAGGGCUCUGUACCUGCGGGUUCCUCAGGGUUACCUGCCCACAAAACAAGCCCCUCCUACCAUUCAGUGGGAAGGAAUAGCAGUAAGUUUAAAAAAAA